AUGCAGCCAGCGCCGCCUCAGCAGGACGUCCCAAUGCAGCCGGUGCCGCCGGCUCAGGACCCUUCGUUAUACCCUGCGCUGCCUCAAGACGUUCCCGAUGUUCCUGCCGUUUCAGUGCAACCACCAGCACCCCCGAUGCCAGUGGCACCAAUUCCCCAAAACAUUCCCACCAUCCCUGCCGUUCCGGUGCAGCCGUCUGCCCCCCUGCUCCCAGCGCCACCGCCCUACAGUGGUCCGUUUUCCCCACUCCCGGCUUCCGCUACAAUCUCGCCACGUCCGGCGCAAAUUCCUUCUGCUACAUUCCGACCCGCCCCCCCGGCUGCAGCGGGCCCGAGUUGGACUUCCGCCGCGGAAGCCGGUCCUUCCUCUCAAGCCCGGGAACCGCCGCCUGUGAUUAACUCGGACGCUAGCGACUCCUCACAGUCCGAUGCCGACGACACUAUUGACAAUGUUGCCAACGGCUUGCAGAAACUUAGAAUAAUGCCUUCUGAUAAGCACACGCAGCUCGUAAUGGCAGCACUGCGAUCCACAGAUGCAGGGAAGCGUGGCCGCCGAAACAACAACCCACGGAACCCCUGCUUCCGCUGCGGUCUAACUGGGCAGCUCCCCGACGAGGAAGCCGGAUAG